AUGGCUCGGAUUGGGGACAGCGGCCGAAGACGGCCUCGAUGGCCUCGAUGGCGAUGCCGGGUUUGUGUGGCAGUCUGCCUGGUCUGCCUGGCGCACUUUGGAAAAGGCCUGAGCUUUUCCCAGUUUGUCCAGUUUGUGGCCAUUCCAAUCUGCCACGGUGCUUCGGCUUCUCUGAAUCAAUUGGCUCGUGCACAGUUGGAAGGCUCAGGAAUGCGCAUUCGAGCAACCAAGGGACGGUGGUAUCUCGAGGCCAGUGAUGUGGACCGCUCCAACUUGCUCGAAGACUUACGGGACGUGAGGCAUGUGCGAAGUAUUCGCCGCAUCAUUUCCUGCUUCAAUUGCACGAAUGCCAGUGAAGACUUCGCAUCGCUGGUAAAGUUGCUGGAUGAAGGUACCGACUGGGAUUCUGUACUUGCGGAUUUGGACUAUUUGAGAGCAAUUUCCAAAAAUGGACAAAUGUUGAAACCGAUUUCCAGCUUCUGCGUGGUGUGCAAAAAGCAAUCCAAGUUGAGAGCGGGAGCUGAGCUAUCUGAGCUGCAGCAGGAGUUGGCACAGUGCCUUCAAAGGCGACUGGGCUGGCUGGCCACAGGCCGCGGGAGCGCCUUGGAAGUACACUUCCGCAAUGGAAAGUGCAUAGAAUGUGCGAAGUGUCAAUGA